AUGCGGGUGAAGGCCCUGAGGACCACUACGUGGGGAACACAGGUGGCAGUACUUGAGGUGCCGGCCAGGCUGGCCCCCAAGAUACAAGAUGGGGGUAAAUUGAGGGUGGGGCACGUCCUGGCGAGGCUGCGACUAUUCCCCAGAAUUCUAAGAUGUUUCCGGGGUCACGGCUUCGGACAUAUUAGUAUGAACUGCAGGCUGAAAGCAGAUAUUUACAGGAAGUGUGGCGAGCCCGGCCAUGGCAUCGGGGACUGUAAGGAGACGGUCCCCACCUGCAGUCUGUGUGGCAGAGAGGGUGUUACGGCGAAAGACGCCAACCAUAUAGCGGGCGGAAUGGGCUAA